AAAAGAUGCAAAUGCCGCAUUGCUAAGUAACUUUGAGGUGUUCCAGUUACUUACUGAUCUUAAGCAGCAGCGCAAAGAGAGUGGAAAAAACAAGCAGAGCUCUGGUCAGCAGAAUCUGAACACAAUCAUGUAUGAAACACUGAAGUACAUUUCAAAAACACCCUGUAGAUACCAGAGUCCUGAGACUGUGAGAGAUUUCCUCGUAGCAAUGAAAGGCCAUAAGCUAACCAAGGCAGAAAAGCUCCAGUUGCUUAACCACAGGCCCGUGACGGCAGUUGAAAUACAGCUGAUGGUGGAAGAAAGUGAGGAAAGGCUAACAGAAGAGCAGAUUGAGUCACUUCUCCAGACGGUCACCAGUAUUCUUCCAGGGGAUCCAGAAGAACAGCAGAGAGACUCGGCAAUGGCAACUGAAGACAAAGGUGACCAAGCGUAG